GCAAGGACGACCUGCAGAUAAACUAGAGAGGACCAGUGUCGACGGAGCUGUUCAUUUGUCUUACUGUCUGUAUGGUUGCUUUGUGGCUCGCUUUUCUACAUGAACAUAAUUUUUCAAGGGAUGGCUGAUCCAGCGGUUCUGGUUGAGUCUGUCACCACGCCGGUCGUAAACACCACAAUAUCAGGCGAGGUAGAAGCAGAUGGAGGUAAACCACAAACAGCCAAUAAGAAUGGAAAGAAGUCAGACAGUGGGUCCAGCAGCGGCACCUUCUUCACCUGGUUCAUCGUCCUAGCGUUGCUGGGCGUGUGGACGUCUAUCGCCGUGGUCUACUUCGACCUCGUGGACUAUCAGGGGGUCGUCGACAAAGCUAAGGGUAUACAAAUUAACCUGUCUGAAGCACUGCAAGGUAAACUGGCUGCAUACGACUCAGACGGCGAUGGCGACUUUGAUGUCGAGGAUGCCAAAAUUCUUCUCGGCCUGAAAGAGAAAGAUGUUGUCGUCGCUGCCCGAAGUGAAGAAUCUGCUGCCCCGGUGGAGACUGCUGAUCCUGAGCGCGAGCCUGAAGCUAUUGUGGAGCCCGACCCAGUCCCGGUGGAGGAUGAUAUGCAGGCAACUGAGGCAGAAGAGCUCGCUGCUCCUCCUCCUCCAGAGCCUGAGCCACAACCAGAAGAAGUUGAAGUUGUUGUAUCCGAGCCUGAGCCCGAACCAGAAGCAGAGCCUGCUGAGGUGAUUGAAGAGGAGCCAGAGAUUCUGGAGGAAGAGCUUCCUGCAGCUGAAGAGGAGCCAGAGGCUGAACCAGCUGUGGAGGAGGCUGCAGAUGAACCAGUGGACGAACCAGCUGUGGAGGAGAUGGUAGAGGAACCAGCUGAAGAGGAAGCAGUGGAGGAAGAAGCUCCACCAGCUGUGGAGGAGACAGUAGAGGAACCAGCUGAGGAGAAAGCAGAAGAGGAAGAAGCUGAACCAGCGGUGGAGGAGACAUCAGAAGAGGAAGCAGUAGAGGAAGAAGCAGAACCAGCGGUGGAUGAGACAGUAGAGGAACCAGUGGAGGAAGAAGCUGAACCAGCUGUCGAAGAGGCUGCAGAUGAAGCAGAUGAGGAACCAGCUGUGGAGGAGACUGCAGAAGAGGAACCAGCAGAAGAGGAAUCUGAACCUGCGGUGGAGGAAGAAGCAGUCGAAGAGGCCGCAGAAGAAGCAGAAGAGGUGGAAGCUGAACCAGAACCUGCUGAAGAAGCCGUGGAGGUAGCCGCUGUUGCUGAGGCAACUGACAAUGAAGAGGAGGUAACUGAAGAAGAGGUGGCACCAAGGGAGGAAACCAAAGAAGAAGCUGCUCAAGAGGAGGAAACUGAAGAGGUUGCAGCAGAAGAGGAGACCAAAGAAGAGACCACUCAAGAAGAAGCAACCAAGGAAGAAGCAGAAACAGAAGAAGAGGCUGCAACAGAAGAAGUAGAAGAGGAAGAGGAGACAGCAGAAGAAGAGACAGCAGCAGCACAAGAAGAAGAAGAGACGGAAGAGGAGACAGCAGAAGAGGAGACGGCAGAGGAGGAAGAGACGGCAGAGGAGGAAGAGGAGACAGCUGAUGAGGCACAUUCAGAGGACGUGGAAGAGGAUCAACCAGAAACGGAGGUCGUGGACGCGCAGGAACAGAGUCAGGAUGAGCCCACAGAAACGUAGGCAGCCCUGGUCUUCAUGUCGACUGAGGGGCCCCCUCUCCUCUCUGAUGUGGCCGCAGCACCCAGGAGAAGACUCCAACCAAGUCGUCAUGAAAACAUGCCCCGCCCCUCGUGUUUGCAUAAAUGUCCCAACGAUUGCUGAUUUCUCACUAACAUUUUCUCCACUUUGACGUUCCACUUUAUUCAGGGUGCUUCAGUCUUGCGUCGUCUUGAAAUUUACUUAGAAUUUGGACUCCUGUUUUUUUGUUUUGUUUAUUUUUUUUUUUUUGCCAAACAGCAGGAGACUGAUUUGUUUUGACUUAACUUAUAGUCUCUGCUCGCUCUGUGAAUCAGCUCACUGCUUGAAGAAGUGAUCUGUUUGUCUGGAGGGGUAGAUUCCACCAUCUUCUCUGUUGUGUGUCUGUGUGUGUAUGUGAGAGAGGGAGAGUCUCUCUAACCAGCGUUGACAAAUCUUAAGAUAAUCAGUCGGGUGAGUGUAAGUUGAGCUGCGGCUGACUUGCCCUGUUGGGGUUUUGAUCUUCCUAAUCGUUCCACAGCACAGGACAUUUCCAAAUCUCUGGUCCAACCCAGAAGGUCCUCCUCACUUCCUCCUUCAAUAGUUGUUUUCUUUCAUUUCUUUGAGGCGACAAAGUUCACUGUUUUUGUUCUUGUACCUGUGGUUUCAGCAACAUCAAGUGUGUGUGUAAGAUUGAGUGUGUGUGAGUGCGUGUCUUCAGUAAUGUGAGAGUAACACUCCGUGUGCGUGGAGAUGCUAACCAGACGUUAGCAGAGCGGAACCUCAGCGUUCCUGCGUCUCCUCCCUUCUGUAACACCAGCGGUUCUUUUCUAAAACUUUGUACGUCUCUGAACUGUGAAACCCUUUUUUCCAAGAGAGCUUUUAGAUUUUUAAAAAAAUAGGAUUAAAUUAAAGGAAUUUAACUUUUUUUUUUUUUAAAUAAAGCCAUAAGCUCAGAGGUUGUUUCAUGAGCUGCGAUUGGUCAGAACCCACUUUGUCCUCAACAAGCAGUAACAGUUGGACAACAGUGGCUGGAUUACUGAGCUCCGGGGGGAGGAAUUUAUGCUGUCGCCCACAAGCCACUCGUCGCCAGGGUGAAACUGUUGUUCACUAACGUGAUGUAAACAGUCGUGACAAUGAAAACCAAGUAAGCGUUGCAGUUCUGUCGAUGAGGAGCUGGGAGUAGCAAUAAAAGGUUUACAACAACGAAGAUGAGUCGACUGCUUUACUGCACAA